AUGUCGCAUUACUACCACGACUCCGGCCAGCACGCCGAGGCCUCCGACACCGACGGCGCAGACGACAUCUGGGGCGACGACAGCCAAGACGAGGUUGCAUAUGACCGACGAAUCGCAGAUCAAAACUGGACGAGGCUGCAGGACACACACGGCGUGGAAGGCUACAAAGAAGGCAUCGAUGAGUCCAAGGAGCAGUAUCUCCAGGAGGGAUUCGACGCCGGCUAUCGCGAAGGAUUCCGGACCGGAUUCGAGGUUGGACGCAUGACCGGAACAAUGAGCGCUCUCCAAGGCAUGAUUGGCGGUGGAUUCGACCUCGUGAAGUCGCUGGACGAGCAAACCCGAGCCGAGUGCGCUGCACUGCUGGAGACGCUCAAGGGUUGCCAUUUCGAACAGCUCGUUCGCUCGACCGCAGCUGAAGAGACAUGCAGCAAGGGCGAGCAGUGUUGCAAGCAGGCCGGCCGAUGCAACGACUCUCUUGACGGGGAUGUGAUUGCUCGCUGGGAUGCGUCGGUCAGGCGCAUCUGCGGGGAGAUCGAUGUCGAGCUCUGAGUAAUGACUGAGGGGGCUGCGACGGUCAGAUGAAUGAACGAACCGAUUCGGCAAAGUAUUGGCUGCGUUGAUUGUGUGGCUGUAGUGGUUGUGUUGUAGUGGUUGGACUGCCGCCCGGUGCUUCAUCACCCAUCGCUCUAUCGCUCCGGCAAUGUGACUGCAUCUGAGGCCGGGCUUGAUCUGGGCUUGAUCUGGGCUUGAUCUGGGCUUGA